AUGGCCGUACUCUCUGCUUCUGCUUCCCUCGCGCGCUGGCGCUUCGCGGACGCUUCCGCCUCCUGCCUGUGCCAUUUCCUCAUGAACCAUGCCGCCCCGUCCUCGACCUUGUUGUACCACACCUCCGAGUUCUUGGCGCUCUCUUUCCAUUUCCCCCCUUCCUUUUCGUCUCCCAUGUUGAAGGCCACGAGGUCCUCUCCUAGACGAGACACCCAGUCGCUCUCCUGCCCGCCCCGGUAUCCCACACCCCCCGCCAUCGCUCCCAGCAGCAUGCGCUUGGGGAGGCGGUUGUCCUCCAUGCGCACAACAAAGCCCGCGAAACACAGCCUCCGUUUGCGCACGGUGGCCUCGAUGGUUUCCUCGCAGCCUGCCUGGAUGAGGGCCUGGGCGUAGAACAGGGGGCGGUCUGAGCGUUUCCGCUUGCUCCAGCCGAUGCACUGUGUAAGGAACGGGCGGUGGGUCCCGUUGAGCUUCGUGUAGUGCUCCGCUGUUAGGCUCCACUAGGCGCACCCAUACAGGAGAGUCUCCACCACUUCAGCCUGGAGUAGCCGGAUCUUGAGCUGGCGGUCGGCCCGUGGCCUGUCGUACAUCGAAGCACUGUCCCGGCGGUAGCACUUCCACGCUAGACGAAAACCCAAUCCCACUAUCAAAGGUACAUUUUUUCCUGCCUUGAUAUUUUUCGAUAUAGACCAUAUGUUAGGAGCAUUACGACGAGAGUAUGUGAUCAUUUCCUGUUGUCUCCCUUCGGCGUUCUGCCAGGUUUUUAAGAUGUACGCCGGUCGGUGGUCUAGUGGUAUCCACGUAAACCGCUAGUCGCACAUGUCGUGAGUCCGAGUCCCCAUGGGGUGAACAGUUUACAGAAUUUGCGGGUUGUAGCGAAAUAUAGCUGAAAAGCUCUCGUGAGUACCAAUAUUCGACGUUAGCACCUUUGGCGAGGGAAAGGGACGGCUGAACCCUUCUCGUGAUCAACAUAAAACUCAGCAUGCACCGCAGGAGGAAGGUGUGUGUGUGUGGGGGGGUACUCAUGGUCGUGCAUGCCGUAGUCGUUAGACCAUUGACCUCGCAUCCCUACAAAGCCGGGACGGAGCACGCCGGGUUCUCACCGGACCAGGCUCUCACAUCACCAAGCGCGAAGCGCCGUGAGAUAUUCGGCGAGUCGCAUGAAGGGUGCGCUGCAUCCUGCUAAGGGUGUUCGGCAUCUUGUGCUUACUUCCUUGCGUACGGAUGACAGCUGCGUAUGACUUAAUUUAUUUUCUGGUGCUUUCACUUCCAGAGACAGUUGUAAGCACUGUGUAACUGCCUCGAGGGUGCUUGACCAUUUUAACACAACGUGGUGCGAUCAUCCCCCUUGCGCGGAGUGAGGCUUCUUAACCUCGCACAACGUGACCCACUCGACCACCAUUAUGGUUACCGCCAAAAAAAAACAGAGGUAAAAAGAAAAGAAACAGUAACCUGGUUGCCGAGCUCACGAAGUGAAUUGGCUUGUUUUACAACGUGGCAACAUCGGGGAGGGGCGGUGUCAAGGAGGACCCGAUUCGCAUGGUAUCCGUCGAUUGACUUUUACCUGAAUCGGUACACCUUCGCAUACGGCGUCAGCUGGAUACUGGUUCGAACCUCCUUGGGUGCACACUUUUUCUCCUGACUUGGAUAUUUUCCCAAGGACGCAAUGUGUGUCAGUCCUGAGAACACCUCUUGGAGUCGAUCCUAGAAAGAACCUUGUGACACUUUCAUCGAAUUACCCAUCCUGGCCACAAGAGGUUCCCAGUUGAGGGUAAAUUCUGU